AUGCAGGAGGUUGGAACUAAAGGAAUGAUACCAUUGAUCACUACUUUGCGGAACGAUCGGAGAGAUGUGGAAUUGGCCAAAGCUGUACUGGAAACACUUGACACACUGUGUAUAAGUGAACCUUCUUCUGCCACUGAAAAGGAUGCUACUCAGAAGAAGGGAAACGAUUUGGGUGUCAUGUUCACCGAAAUCUUCAUCAAGAGCGCUGAAAACGUGACGCUUCUAUUGGAUAUAUUGGAAGAACACGACUUUUACGUCAGAUUCUACACUGUCAAGCUGCUGACAACGUUAUUGACCAACAAGCCAGAUCAACUGCAAUCCUGUAUCCUCACUAGUCCUGUCGGCAUAUCAAGGCAUGUCCGUGUCAUUAUAACGAGAGAUUAUUCGAAACGGUACGAUUGCCCUUCUCAUGUAGUGAAACAUGCUGUCGUAACCAAGCAUCAUGACUUAGAGGGAUUGCUCUUAUUAAUCUCAUUAACUGAAACCAACGCCGAUAUUCAAAAAAUUAUUGCCUUUGAAAAUGCCUUUGAAAGGCUACUAUCCAUCAUAAGAGAUGAAGGCGCCACAGAUGGUGGAAUCAUUGCUCAAGAUUGCUUGACAUUGACUCAAAAUCUGUUGAGGCAUAAUGUAUCGAAUCAGAACUACUUUCGAGAGUCAAGCUGCAUUCAGCUCAUACCAUCACUAUUAAUAUCUCGAGUCUUGUCUGGAGAUCCACCUGUCGCUAUCGAAGUGACAUUAACGCAUGAGGCGAACUCAUGGCAGCCUCAAAAGGUGGUCAAUACUGGAUUGAUUCUCGAGUUGAUACGUAUACUGGUUAUGCCGAAUAAUCCAAAUACUCCCAUGAACCAGAACGUCAUGAAUUCAGUACACCUCAUAACUCCAGUCCUGGAUUUAGCAAUGUCACAGACCAUACCGACCAAAGUCAAGGCCCAAGCGUUGUAUACUUUGGCCGAUAUGAUUCGAGGAAAUCCAGCAAAUCAAGAUCUCUUUGGUAAAUCAACGGUACAGCCUUCAUCACCAGCCUUUGAUAAUUCUCAACAGAUGCGGAAUGGUAAACCACCAUCAAAAGGUUUACCUCAACCAGCACUAGUAUCAGUCGUGCUGAUUGCAUUGAGUAAUACCAAGGAUGAGUUCUCGUUGAGGACUGCUUCUGCGUAUCUAUUCCAGUGCUAUCUGCAUAAUAACACAGAAGGACAAGUCGUUGUCGCUUCUACUCUUACUCCACCUCCUCAAGAUAAUCCAAACUCUCAACUUGCAGACAAACCUGCAUCUGUCGGCUCUCUUCUCCUCGCUGCUUUAUUCGAUUGGGACACCUCUGCGAAAGAUCCAUUUCGUUGCUGGUUUGCCGCCAUGAUGCUGUCUCAAAUAAUACGGCGGAAUCCAAAAUCCCAAGAGAUGGCACUGGCCAUCAAAUUCAAUGAAGCUUCAGGAGACGAGUCAAUAUCAUUAUUACACAGAUGUACAUACUCUUUGCUAAUGGCUCAUCGGAAUGGAGCCGAUGUCCGAGUUCAAGUUGGAUUUUUAUGUCUGUUGGCUAUAUGGAUGUAUGAAUGUCCACCUGCUGUCAAUGAAUUUCUGGCUGAAGGAUCUAAUUUACAAGUGCUGAUUGAACAAAUAAGUAAAAGUUCUGGUUUGGAUCCACUGGUACAAGGAGUGGCAGCCUUUGUAUUGGGCAUGUGUUUUGAACAUAAUGAUGAUUCGGAGCCAGCGUUUACAAAAUUGAAACUGCAUCAGAUCGUGUCGAGUCGUAUUGGCACUGAUCUAUUCGUUUCUCGUCUGGAACGGCUGAGGGAAUCCAAGGCAUUCAAUAGAGCGUCACCGUAUAUGCAGACACUAAAUGAAGUUGAUACCCGUGGAUUCCCUGAAUUAUACUUUGAUUACUCGUUUGUGGACUUUUUUAAGACGAAUUAUGAAACAAUCUCUCGAGCAAUCACUGCUACACGAUCAAAAGCUAGCCCGAAGAAAGAUACAAUAUUGGAUGAGGGAGAUGAAAGUGCGAUCAUCAAAUCAUAUAAAGUUUUGAUUAGCAAACAAGAUGCUGAACUUCACGAGUUGAGGAAACGAGUAGCAGAAUUAGAAGUUAGGCUAGCAGGGGAGGCGGCGCUGAGAGAACGUGUCGAUGUAUUGAAUGCCACGGUGCAAAAGCUGCAAGUGUCCAAUGCAGAAAUGACGAGAAAGUAUGCCAACCUAGACAAGGAACACGAGGAUUUACUCGUGUGUCUUGCAGAGCAAGAUAUGCAACAAAAAGAACUUCGACAGAGGCUCAAAACUCAUGGGGAGGUUAUAGAAGAUGAUGACGACGAUGACGAUGACGAUGAAGGUGGAGAUGGUACUAAUGGAAUAGCAUAA